CAGUACCUCAUUCGACGGCACGGCUCGGACGGAUGGCAUUGUAAAUUUCAAAUACCAGAAGGUGCAGGUGAGACUUGCCAGUGCGUCAUCAUGAUGUGGCUGUGCAUGCCAACGGCUUUCGUUUCCUGCACUCUUGAGUCUUUACAACUCUACAUCCAACAAUGAACCAGCUAUUCACAAUUUACUUUGUAUUCACUUACUUCGGCGAGCUACUUGCUGCAGGCAUGGUCGGCUUUUUUGCCCCUGUUGGAUUCCUGUCUCCAUUCAUGCUUAGCAUAACUCUCUUAUCCUUCCUACUUGCACUGCUUCAUGUUCGCCUGGUGCACACAGUGUUGUCAGCACACAAAACCGAUCCCCCCGUCCGCAAUUGCCUCUUGUCUCAUGCAGCAAUGGGUUCAGGAUUUCUGGUGGUCUCAAUCGAAGUUCGCUCUUACGACAUAACACAAACCCUGCCGCUCAAAGGAUAUUUGGGAAAUCUGAUAAUACCAGUGUUUGCCUGCAUAUUACUUUGCACGAUCAUCUUCUAUCGUUGGUCGCUAGGCUACUGCGCUGACAGGCAAGAUUUGGGGUCGCUGGGGGAUGUUUAUGACUUCUUGCUCUCAUGGUUUUCAUCACGUAUUGCGUCCCAUACCAACACUCCGGAAACACUCCCUCAAACACUCUCCGAGCCAUUCACCAAACAUUGCUUACGCUUCGGCACUCCCAUGUCACCUGUAAGUCACACAGCGGGUAGCUCGGACGUACUUCCCCAACCUUAUUACCAGCUUUCAGACCAAGACCGCAGAAAGAGGCAAUCAGAUGAAGAAUCUUAUAUUGGUUUCCAUGUGUAGGACUUGCGCAACUACUUUUGCUUCUCGCUGUCUUUCGAAAAAACGGAGACGCAAAAAGAUAGGAGUCGAGAGAAAUUUUUGGUGUAUCGAUAGGUUUUCGCUCUGUUUAGUUUAAUAUAUGCGCUCGAAAAUCAUUAAUGCCCUCUGACCCAGAAAAUGGUAUCGCUACAGAUCUAAUAGACCGAAGUCAUCGAUGGGUAUCGCUGUGAAAUGUUGAUAUUAGAUGAUAUAGUAGGGUAUCCGCUAGUCCUCGCCCUGCCCGCCACAUCACCUCUCGCACUAGGGCUACGCUUGGGUCCUGCUCUUAGUCGGUAACGUUGGCACUAUCGCUGGCUUGCACCAUCAAAGACAAGAACAUGUGGCGGGC